GGGAACUCAAAAUAUUGAGGGUUACGAAUAUCAAAUCAUCAGAAAGAGUGGGAAUGAACGGUAUGAUCAUGCAAUCCUACAACCAGGUGGGAUCCAUUUGUCUUAUCAACCCAUUAAUGGGAAAUGCUAAUACAAUGGUGCCUCACAAGCACCUAGUGAACUUAAAAGCUGUUGAUAGAAAAUAGAGUUGGGCAGGUUUGAAAUGUGGAUUAAAAAAAUGAAGCUGGGAAUGAGACAAGGUACGGUUCACUGCGUGUUUGGAGACAGUGUCCAAAGGGCAUAAAAAUCAUAAAGUCAGUCUGAUGCUUUAUUUAUUUGACCAAACAUUUUCAAUUUUCAAUUUUCAAUUUUUUUGAAAGCAACUUUAUCUAUCCCUCAAACAUUUGUUAUUAUUGGUGAAACAAGAAGACCAAAAUUGUUCUUAGAAAACACUAUACUAUAAUGGAUCCAAGGCAAAGGACCUCUUUUUCUUGAGAACUUUAACCACAUCAGAUCUGUUGGUCCACAAGUUUACUAUCGUUUCACUAGCAACCACAAAUUAAGUUCUUCACCAAGGGAUUAGACCCAAUACAUUCCAAAGCACACAAUAAUGCAUUGAUUUAUAAUCAAAAUAUGUAUAUGGAUUCGGUAUAGGAUCAUUAUCGAUAUUUGAGAAACGUGAUAACACAAUUAAUUGGCUUCACAAACAAAUUAAUAUUAUAUAUUCUUAGCAUUUUUUUUUUUGGGUAUAGGACAUAUAUCAUGUUCUAACACAUUCUUUUCAUUCUUUUUUCCUUCUCUUGUAUACGGAGUGUGUCAGGUAGUUACAUUUAAACAGUUUUACCACAAAGCAUUUCUCUACUUCAAAGGUUCCUUCAUUGGCAUGGAGCACUAGAAGAGUUUGUUGUCUGACCGGUGAAGUAUGAUCACUUGUUGUUGCCCAUGUAUCACAAUGGGACAUAUUGUUGAAAUCGUUGACAGAGGGACUACAUCUUGCGGCGUUGGUGGGCUGAUCUACUACGCUCUCGGGGCAGUUGGAUGUGGAUGGUUGUAUGCAUGUACAUACCGCACCAAACUGCGUCACCUUUUUUCGCUGCCGGAGGCUCCAUGCGCCGACGUCUUGGUUCAUUGUUGCUGCUGCGUUUGUUCUCUCUCUCAAGAGUACCGAGAACUCAAGAACCGUGGGGUUGAUCCCUCCAUCGGUUGGCAAUCCAAUGUCGAGAAGUGGCAUCAGGAGGGGGUUACAGUGCCGCCCAUCGCAGCCCUGGGCAUGAAUCGUUAAUUUUCGUACACUACUAUUAUGUAUGCUUAUUACAACAAUAAUAAUAUGGUGAUUGAUAUGUUUGUACUGUUUCACUCUCUUUUAUAAGUCAAUACUGUAUUAAUAAUUCCAUUUGUUCGU